CAGUGCUCCACGCAAAAGCGGCUAUGUGGUCGCGAAAGCAGUCAGUUUGCAGUGCAGUGAGUGGUGUGUCGAGAGGAGAUGAAGUGGAUUUGCCCGGGAAUGGAGUGCAACUCUACCCAUUUGCUAUAGCUCUGAGAGUCAGAGUGCUACAGAUUGUGUGCGGUAUCGGCGGCUUAGUUCUGGGAGCCGUUGGAUGGUUGGAGGAGAGGCAGAAACCAGCUCUGGGUCUUGGAGUCCCUGCUGGGGCGAUCACAGUGUUGGCUGCAGCGACAUCAAUAUACUACAGCCGAGGGUUUGGUGGAUGGGUGUCAGCCAGGUCCAGAUCGACCAGGAACUGGGGAGCUCCGUGGAGAGCGCUUGGACCUUCGCCCUGCGCUGCAGUUCCACUCACAAUGCUUUGGACAGCUGCCAUAGGAGCCCAUAUCGCUAUGCUGGCUUUCUGUAUCAGAUCGUUGAUGAAUAUUGGAUGCGGAAGCACAACAUGUAUCGGCGUGGCCAGUGCUCAGCUCACACUCUCCAUCACAACCCUUGGUGCUGCAGUCUUCAUGCUGCAACUGGAUCUACGAUUCGACGCCUCCUUGUCACCUCCACCGAGGCAGUCUGAUACACAUAUAUGUACUGCUGUUUCUAUGGUACCUCUGACGUCAGUGGCAAUUAAUAGCGGUAACAGUGAUGCGGCGGACUCAGGUGGAAGUCCUCUGGGCAAGGAGAAGGAGCCCCCUCCUCUAGACCCUCCCACCUGA